CAGUUUUCAGCGCUCCCGCCGAAAUGGUUAACAGUUGGCAAACCUGAGUGUAUCCACGCACCGUAUUUGUUAUUUCUCUGUGUUAAAAGUACGCUCUAGACGCGAUUUUUGGGAGCCCGAUUAACAUCCCGAAGCGUAAAAAACCCUCACUAAAAACAAGCCGGUAGAAUAACGCCCGGACGCGCCGUUUUCGUGUGGCGUCGACCCGUCGUUGUGAUGGGUAUCAAACGUCACUCCGAAUACACUUUGUGAGCUAACCGGACCCAACGAUCGUCCAGCUCGCAGACUCUAACAUGUACAUCAAACAGGUUAUCAUACAAGGUUUCAAAUCUUAUCGAGAACAGACCGUCGUAGUGCCCUUCGAUCCGAGGCACAAUGUGGUCGUCGGCAGGAAUGGAUCGGGCAAGAGCAACUUUUUCUACGCUAUCCAGUUUGUGCUUAGCGACGAAUUCUCCCACCUUCGGCCUGAGCAGCGUCAAGCCCUUCUCCACGAAGGCACGGGUCCACGCGUCAUUUCUGCUUAUGUCGAAAUUAUCUUUGACAACUCGGAUGGUCGUCUUCCGAUCGACAAGGAUGAGGUUUAUCUCAGGCGAAUGAUCGGGUCGAAAAAAGAUCAGUACUUUCUGAACAAGAAAAUAGUGACGCGAAGCGACGUCAUGAAUUUGCUCGAAUCGGCUGGAUUUUCCAGGUCCAAUCCAUAUUACAUCGUCAAGCAGGGAAAGAUCAACCAAAUGGCAACGGCCCCAGACUCGCAGCGGUUGAAAUUGCUCCGAGAAGUGGCCGGCACUCGAGUCUACGACGAUAGACGCGAGGAGUCGAAGGCGAUCCUCAAAGAGACUGAAGGAAAGCUUGAGAAAAUAGAAGACUUUUUGCGAACCAUAGAGGAGCGUUUGAAGACAUUGGAGGAGGAAAAGGAGGAGCUGAAGGAGUACCAACGCUGGGACAAACAGCGGCGGUGUCUGGAGUACACAAUCCACGAACGCGAGCUGAAGGAAAGUAAGAAAAAGCUGGAAGACUUGGAAGAGUCACGCGCUAACAGCGGUGCUAUGCAAGCCAAACUUGGAGCCGAUGCGAAGGCUGCCCAGGAGGCUGUGCGUUCGGCAGCCAAGCGGCUCAAGGAGGCCAAGAAGGAGGUGAGUUCCGCCAAGGAGGAACGCGACACGCUCAGUGCUGAGCAGCAGCAGCUCCUCAAGGAGAAGACCAAGCUCACGUUGACGAUCAACGAUCUGCUGGAGGAGGUUAAGGGUGACAACGACAGCAGAAAAAGAGCGGAGCAAGAGCUGGAGAAGUUAAAAAUAAACAUUGCUGGGAGGGAAGAGGAGCUCGAGAAGAUAAAGCCUCAGUACGAGCAAAUGAAAGGCGUUGAAGAAGAAUGUACGCGCGAACUCGCGCUGAAGGAGCAAAAGCGGAAGGAGCUUUACGCGAAACAAGGCAGAGGCGCUCAGUUUACAAACAGGGCAGAAAGAGACAAGUGGAUUCAGGACGAACUCAAGCAACUUACCAAGCAGAUCAAAGACAAGCAGGAUCACCAGGCAAAGAUAAGCGAGGACCUGAAGAGGGACGCAGAGAAGCAGAUCGCACUCGAGAAGAAGAUUGAGGAUCAUACGCGUGAAAUGGAGCGUCAAAGGGCCUCGAUCGAUGAACACAAUAAGCAGUAUUAUGACCUUACCAAGGCCAAGGAUCAAUGCCAGGCUACACGGAAGGAACAAUACCGCCAGGAAAGCGUUCUUCAGUUAAAUCUUUCGGGACUAAAGGAAGACCUUGCGAAGGCCGAUCAAAGUCUUCGUUCCAUGGCUGGAAAACCAAUCCUGAAUGGCAGGGACAGCGUUCGCAAAGUGUUGGACACGUUUCGGGAACGCCGAGACAUGGCGCAUGAAGUGAGCAGCUACUACGGCCCUGUGAUCGAAAACUUUGACUGUGACAAGAGCAUCUACACUGCGGUUGAAGUGACCGCCGGUAAUCGACUGUUUCACCAUAUCGUCGAAACGGACAAAUUCGGUACUAAGAUACUGAAGGAAAUGAACAACCAGCAGUUGCCUGGUGAGGUGACUUUCAUGCCUCUGAAUCGCCUCCACGUCAAAGUCAUCGAUUAUCCUCAGACGAGCGAUGCCAUACCAAUGAUAUCAAAGCUCAACUACGAUCCCAAAUACGAUCGUGCUUUGCGAUACAUAUUUGGAAAGACUUUGAUCUGUCGAAACCUGGAGGCGGCGACGAGCCUGGCACGAACAUCUGGACUGGACUGUGUGACUUUGGAGGGUGAUCAGGUGUCUUCGAAGGGUUCUCUGACCGGUGGCUACUUCAACUCGUCCAGAUCUCGUCUCGAGAUCCAAAAGACCAGGUCAGAACUCAUGACACAGAUCAGCACGCUCGAGGAACAGAUGUCGACGCUGAAAGAUGAGCUCAGGACCACUGAACAAAGCAUCAGCUCCUACGUCAGCGAGAUGCAGAGAACGGAGACUAAGAACAGCAAGGCUAAAGACAUUUUCGAUAAAAUGAAGGCAGAGAUACGACUGAUGAAGGAGGAACUCAGCGCUAUCGAGAGAUACAGAACGCCCAAGGAGCGCAGCUUGGCUCAGUGCACCUCUAAUCUCGAGGCGAUGACUGCUACCAAGGAGGGCCUGGAGAGUGAGCUGCACCAGGAGUUGAUGGCUCAAUUGUCAGUCGCUGAUCAGCACCAGGUCGAUACGCUGAACGAUGACAUCAGACGUCUGACUAAAGAAAACAAAGAGGCGUUCGCCAAAAGAAUGCGGCUUGAGGCGGACAAAAAUAAACUCGAGAAUCUGCUGACGAAUAACUUGGUGCGGCGUAAAGACGAGCUGGUUCAAGCACUGCAGGAAAUCUCCGUCGAGGAUCGUCAGCGUCAGUUGGAAUCAUCCAAGGCGCAGCUCGCGGAUAUCGAAAAGCGCCUAGUUAAAGUGAACUCAGACUUCAAGGCACAGAAUGACAAGGUUUCUAGCGCCAUGAAGAAGCAAAAAGCCGAGUCAGCCGAAGUCGAGAAGUGGAAAGUUGCGGAGAAGGAGGCACAGGAGAAGAUCGAGGCAGAUGCUAAGGAUCUGGAAAAACUGGCAAGCAAACAAAACAUCGUACAGCAAAAGAUUGCCGAGUGUACGCAGAAGAUCACUGAGCUCGGUGCUCUGCCGAGUCACGAAGCAUUCGGAAAGUUGAGUAAAUUAACAACGAAGCAGCUGUUCAGAGAAAUGGAAAAGGCGAAUAAUCAUUUAAAGAAAUACAGUCACGUCAACAAAAAAGCACUGGACCAGUUCAUGUCAUUCAGCGAUCAAAAGGAGAAAUUGGUCAAGCGUAAGGAGGAACUGGAUCGCGGUGAUGAGAAGAUCAAGGAACUCAUGCUUGUCUUGGAACAGCGCAAGUGCGAAGCUAUACAGUUCACCUUCAAACAGGUUAGCAAGUAUUUUAGCGAGGUUUUCAAGAAGCUCGUACCUUCUGGACACGCCCAGCUUGUUAUGAAGACAGCGGAUGGCGAGGAGGGAGAUGACACUGUUCCAGAAUCUGCAGACUCCGACCGAUUUGUUGGUGUCGGAAUUCGGGUAUCGUUUACCGGCCACAAAGCCGAAAUGCGAGAGAUGAAUCAACUCUCGGGUGGUCAGAAGUCGCUAGUCGCCCUGGCGCUUAUCUUCGCUAUACAAAAAUGCGACCCCGCCCCGUUUUAUCUCUUCGACGAGAUUGACCAGGCCCUCGACGCCCAGCAUCGAAAAGCCGUCGCAGACAUGAUCCAUGAACUGAGCUCCGAUGCGCAAUUUAUCACUACGACAUUCAGACCCGAACUUCUGGAACAUGCCAAUAAAUUUUACGGUGUUAAAUUCCGUAACAAAGUGUCGCACGUCGAGUGCGUAUCGAGAGAAGAGGCGGCCGAUUUUGUCGAGGAUGACACAACGCACGGUUGAACCAAACUGCAUAAAACACUAGGAUCAUUUGUAAACUAUAUAAAAUCAAACGGUGGUAUAUGUAUGCAUGUACAUACAUAUUCCGUUGCAACAAUUGAGUAAUUAUAAAUCAUGAUUUGAUGUAUACAUACAUACCACAUCAUACAGAUUAUUUCUUUUUUUUUUCUAUGGUGGAAUUCAGAUGCUUAGCGAUUCGUAUCGUGAUCUAUACUUUUGUAAUUGAUCUAUUUACUUAUACUAUAUACAGAUGAAAAUAGAAAAAAAAUGAAGAAAAAGAAAUUCACCUUGUGUGCAUUUCGAUGAUAUGAAACAAAUGGAAAUACUGUAUUGUUCUGAAUAUAAGCCGAGGUUUUUUUAUGGUUGAGAGCAUUCGCCAAAAUUGUCCUAGUCUUACACAUGAACACGUUUUGUGAGCGGGUAACUGUGGCAAACACUCUAAGAUACUAUCUCAAAAUUGGGGGUCGUCUUAUACUCUGAACAAUACAGUGAUUAGAUUUUCAUUCUUCGAAAAUCUCAGACGAUCAUUAUUGGGAUGAAAUAAAGAACCACAUCUUUA